AUGACAUAGCGUGUCUGCGUCUGCGCAUAUCGACAACAUUGGUCAGCAUCGGCAGACAAUAGUCGAAUAAUUUAGACGUCCUCGUACGCAUACAUGUCACGUCAUUCUCAGUUAAUAUAAAGAAUUUUAAAUUCGUCGAACAUUAUUACGUCUUUUUUGUAAAAUUUGAAAAGGAAAUUGUGUGAGCCGUGAAAAUGAAGGCGAUUUUAAUCGCGCUUUGCGCGAUCCUCGCUGUGACAACAGCAAGGGUUGUCAUUAAAGCUGAGGGACAAGAUACGCCUCAUGUUUUGGGUGCAAAGGCUUGCACUUGGGGACCUUCAUACUGGUGUCAGAACAUCACAACUGCGGCAGGAUGUAAAGCAACGAAGCACUGUAUCCAAAAAGAAUGGGAACACAUGACAGUUCCUAAAGAUACAGAUAGUGUUUGUAAAAUCUGUGAAGACAUGGUGACCCAAGCACGUGAUCAACUGGAAAGUAAUCAGACCCAAGAAGACUUAAAAUCAGUUUUCGAGGGUAGUUGCAUUUUAAUUCACAUCAAGCCUAUUGUGAAGGAAUGCAUCAAACUCGUCGACGAAUUUAUCCCAGAACUCGUAGAGACUUUGGCAUCUCAGAUGAAUCCAUCAGUUGUUUGCUCUGUUGCCGGCCUUUGCAAUUCAGCUCACAUCGACCAGUUGCUUUUGGAAAACAAAGCAUCGGUAACUGACGUAAAGGUCGAUAAGAAGCCUUUCGGCGAUGAUGAACUCGAUCCAAAUGAUUGUUCCAAGUGCUUUACAAUUGCCACCCACAUGGAACAAAAAUUCAAAAAGACGUCUCGCGAUCACUUCCUUGAACAACUUCUUCACGUUUGCGGACAAUUCAGUUCUUUCUCGGAUGCUUGCUCAUCAAUCGUUCUUACCAAUUUCGAAACUAUUUAUACUCAUCUUCAAGAUAAUCUCAAAGCUGAGAAUAUUUGCCAUCUUUCUGGACAGUGCAGUGCUCAAUUCCACAGACACGACGACGUCAAGAGCAUCGAUGUUGAAAUCCGCCCAUUGUCCAGCGUGGGAAUGGUUGAAGUCAGUGACGAUUUACCUUGCAAAUUGUGCGAACAACUGGUCGGACACUUGAGAGAUCUUCUAGUGGCUAACACAACUGAAACCGAAUUUCAAACUGUUCUCGAAGGACUUUGCAAACAGACCAAGUCUUUUGCCUCAGAAUGCAAAUCAAUUGUGGACGAGUACUACCCCGAAAUUUAUACUUAUUUGACUAAAGGCUUAAAUGGUAUCGUAGUUUGUUCAAUGGCUGGAAUCUGUCCUUCUCCCGGAAAGAGUGCUUUCAAUGGACCAAUUUGGCCGCUUUUGCCUGAGACGCCGAAAAUGAUCGCCACAAGGAUUAUGAGCGAAAAGAAAGAUUUGGAUCACGGUGCAUCUGAGUCCCUUCAUUCAGAUUCUGAAGCAGAACAAAUGCAAUUACCAAUUCAAAGAAUCCAUACUCCAUUCUCGAGUUUAGCUUUCCCAGUAAUGGAUGUCAAAGGAAAAACGACUUGUGCUUUCUGCGAGUAUGUCUUGCAUUACGUGCAGCAGGCGAUUACAACUCCAAGUACUGAGGCUGAAGUGAAGCAAGUCAUCGAUAAAGUUUGCUCGAAGCUUCCUUCUUCGGUCAAGAAUACCUGUGAAGAAUUUAUUGAUACUUACGGUGAUGCUGUGGUUGCAAUUCUCGCUCAAGAAAUUGAUCCUGCAACGGUAUGUCCAAUGAUUCACGUUUGUCCGACACAAGAGGUUAUGAAUCUCUGGGAAAAAAUCCCUUCUGAAAUGACCUUAAAAACCGAAGUCGAAGACAAACCAAGUUGUCCACUUUGUCUACUUGCGGUUACGCAAAUCUACAAUGCCAUCAAAAACGACAAAACUGAGGCUAACAUCGUCAAUCAAUUGGACAAAUUGUGCGAUCAUUUGCCGAAGAGCUUGAACGACCAAUGUUACGACCUGGUUAAAGGUUACAGCAAAGAACUAAUUGAAAUGCUUAUCGCUGAUCUUACACCCCAGGAAGUAUGUGUCUACAUUAAAUUGUGCGACCCCGAAAAACAGGUCGGCCCAGUCAACACCUUCGUUCUUGACAAAGACGGUGAAAUCAUGACGAACGAAAUCCCGAAUUUUCCACUCCAUCCAGUUAUAAAAAAGCCUGUUAAAGACGACACCGAGUGCGUAGUUUGCGAAUUCGUUAUGCAAUACAUUGAAAAAGCGAUGAGCAACAAGAAGACGAAAGAUGAGGUUGAAACUAUAAUUCACGGGGUUUGCAACCAUUUGCCCAAAACCAUUUCGCAAGAAUGCAAUCAGUUCGUCAAUCAGUAUGCCGACGUUGUUAUUGAUCUCUUGGUACAAGAAGUGAGCCCCAAGGAAAUUUGCACCAUGAUUGGCCUUUGUAGCGAUUCCCGCUUACAAAUUAAAGAAUCCGUGGCUGAAUGCGCUCUUUGUCAGACUGUCGUGUCAACGAUCGAUAAGCUUUUGGGUGAUCCAAAGGUAGACAAUAAUAUCGAAGAGAUUGUUUCGAAAGUGUGCAAAUUUUUGCCUGCAAGCAAACAAAGCAAGUGUACGAUGAUAAUGGAAGUUUACGAGCAAAGCAUAAUUAACAUUUUGAAAAAGAACGGAGACCCACAGAAAAUUUGUAGUAAAAUAGCGCUUUGCUCUUCCAAUGACUACUUGGUUAUGUCAGAAUCAAACCACAGAGUGAGGCGAUCACAGGAAAAUAUAGGAAUGAAGAAAUGCACCUGGGGCCCUUCUUUCUGGUGUGCUGAUGACAUAAAUGCGAGAGAAUGCAAAACCGAGAAACACUGUAGGGAGAAGGUAUGGUUCGCAGAGUCCGCCGCUGCAGCUAAAGAAAUGCAGAAACAGUCGCAGUCGGUCAAAUAAAAAAGAUUAGAUGAAUUACUACUGUACUUUUGACACCGAACAUCUCGAUGUCAAGCGUUUUGCAUGGAAUUUCAGCCCAUGUUUUUUAAUCUUUUUGCAUCAUGUAAUACUACUUGCUAAGUCUUUAUCGUUUAUAUUAACAUAUUGAAUAAGUAAAUACUUUUAAAUCACACUGUAGUUUCAGUUAGGAUUAAGUUUGUAAUUACGAUUACUUACAGUUUAAUAGAAGAAUCGAGACCAAAAAUGGCUUCAUCCAUUGGUUGGGGAGAGUCUGGAAUCACUCGAUUACUUAUGCAUAUUUGUUAAGCUGAAUUGAAUAUUCUGAUUAAUGAAACCCGAUUCCCAGGAAUUGGGUUUUUUUUUAAGAAAGACAAGUUUCCUUUUAGAGUUGUAAGUUAACUGUGAUAAUGAUUGAAUAAAAAUACUCGGAAAGUGAUUUAC